GGAGAACUUCGAGGCAAGACUGUGGCUGCUAUUGCGAAAUCGCCGGGCCGAAUCGCAGCUGUUGCCUCGGAUAUACGCCGCUACCAGCACUACAUGGGAGGAGCAUGGACACGAGACGGCGACUACAUGUGUUUGAAAAAGAACUCUAGCGUGUGGAAUACGAUUGUCAAGAAGGCCAUAGAAAAAAACGAGAAAUUUAAGGCACAUGCCAAGGAUGUAGAGUUUACGGAGAUUCAUCUGACGGCCAAUCAAAGCGCCAUGAAAAGCACUGGGACGAGCGAAUUUGGUCUGCAUUUUACGGGUACUUUUAGUUGGGCCCAACAAAUCGGAAAAACAUCGAAGCACCGUUUGGAGAAGAUGCACUGCCACUACCAAGCUGAUAAAAUGUUACACAACCAAACUGGGCGACCCGCCGAUCCCAAUCAUGGAAACAAUAUCAUCGUCUACAGCCCACUUCACAGCGGCGCCAAACUAACGGCAAACCAAUGGCAGUUCCACACAGACCUCUACCACAGUAACAACGACAAGGCACAAUUUCACAGAGAGAUCUUGCAGCAGGCACGAAUUCACUUCUAUCACGCCGCGAAACAGGCAUAUCUCGGAAGCAGCGCUCGUUUCCAGCCAAAUUACGGCCCUGACGGCCGCAAUCCCGGUAGUAACGACGUUGUCGGAUUUUCUCCAAAUAGCACGAUUGCCAAAGAUGCCGCACUCCUGCUUUCGUCCACGCCCGAGAAUUACCUGACUAGAGCCAAAGGUGCAAUUCACUACUUAAUAUCGAAAACACCUCAAGCGCAAAAUAUUACAUGUCCUUGCGGCAAAUUCUGGCAGGCAAUUCAGAUAGAUCGAGAAAAGGAUCGGCAAAAUAAGUGAAGACAUCGAAGGAGUGGGCCAACAUGUCGGACGUGGCUUGUUGAACAACUGCCGCUCCAAGGGUGCAGAAUGUGGAAAAAUUUAGAGCAGGUAGCACGGCUUGUGGCCCGCUUGAAUAGUGAUGUAAUGCGUAGGAGUUAUGAAUAUCAAUUUUGCAAUUUUUUUUUGCUUUUUUCUUCGCAGCGGAAGCUGCGUCUUCGCCAGCGUGGAUCAACUCUUGACAAUCCAUUGUGUUGACGAAGUAGUAUCAAAGACCCUUGUCCAUUUUGGAAAGUUUUGGCCUCCUGAAACCGCCAAAAAAGAAAGAUUUUUCGUAACUCAAACAGGAGUCAUAAUAAAUGCGCCCACGAGGUGUGGUCUGAUACAGAACUACUGACCAAUCAGCAAGCGGUGGAACUUGUGGAGAAUCUUCUCUGACAACUUCCUGGACAACUAGAAACGACAUGGCAGAAUUGUCCAGAAAACUGAAAACAAUUAUCUAUAGACUACAAUUUUGAUUUUACGUUGCAACAUAUACUAAGUGAAAGAACUCUGCCGGGCGCGAGG